UGCUUUCCAUUCUGCUCUUGAGUUCCCAACAAUUCAAUGGAAUGCAAUUCCAUUCCUUUCAUUUCCUUCAUCAACUUUAUUCAUCAUUGCUUCUUGAAAUGUUCAUUUAUUUGUUCAAAUCCCCUCUUUUCCACAAUUGUUGCUCUAUAUACUUUAAUUCUCCUUUAUGCUCCAUCUUUUUUCCUAAGAAUACUUCUUAACCCUAUUCUUAACACCACCGGCAUCACACUCAUUUGUCUUCUUAGGUUAGGUGCCAACGAGAGGUCGCGAAAAGAAAGUGUUCUAGAAUCAAAAACUAUAGAUUCAAGUGCAUAUAAUAGGUUGGAAAACGAAUCUAGUUAUUUGGGCUCGAUAGAUCUUGAUCACAAAGAUAUACAUGAUGAAUGGUUGUCAAUUGAUGGGGACAACUUGUGUACAUAUUCAAGUUUGGUCAUCGAAUCAACUUCUUUGGAACCAACCUUUCUUGACUUUAUCGACCAAACCCACGUAGAUGAAUGUGAUGGUAUAAAGGACCUAGGUGGCGAGUCUAAUCAAAACAAUGCAAAGUUGGAGUCUAAUUCUAGUCUAGACAUAGAAUCCAAUCAAAUGCAUGUAGAACUUGAGCACGAUUUAGGCUCGGAAUCCAAGUUCUUAGCUAAAUAUCAAAAAUGGGAUUAUUUAGAUACCAAUUUCAUGGAAUCAUCACAAGUAGUGAUUGAAGAAAGAAAGCAAAUGGAUUCAAAGCAAGUGGAUACAAAAAUGAAAUUUCUUGAAUGGAGCAUCAAAGCUCCACUAGAGAUCAUAUAUGAAGCAUAUGAAGGAGAAGAAGAACAACAACAAGAAGAAGAAAUUGGAGAGAAUAAUGAGCCCAAGUUCAUUUCUAGUGAUAAACAAGCCGCGGGUUGUGAGAGAUAUCCAUCCUUGUCAAUGUAUUAUCCUGAAAGCGAGACAGAUAGUUCGUCGGACGAUGAUUUCCAAAUGAAUGAAGAUUGGGAUUCACAGGACAGAGUGUUUGUAAAAUGGGAAGAGGAACUUGAUGACAGGGAAGAGCUUAUUGAGAUUUCAUUAGAUGGCUAUUAUGGGCAAACAAGUAGUGAAUUUAGUCAUGCUGAUGAAGAUAAUAUGAUUGAAAUUGAUAUUUUCCCAACUGCAAGUUCAAUGGGAAGCUAGAAUUUUAAUAUAUAAUCAAACAUGAGCUAGUAGCUGGUAUAGGUACAGUUUUGGCACCAGUUACGUACUUUCAAAAGUUUUGAACUAUUAUAUAUACUUUGUUUUUCUAGUUAUUAAUUAUAAAGGUUUAUAAAUAUGAAGCAUCUUGGGCAAAAGUCAUUAUAUUUUA